AUGGCAGCUAAUUUGAAGAGCCGUGGACUGGCGAGCUUGGGGAAACGAUUUGUCGGCCAGAUCCAUUCUCGUGAUCCAGUUUCUGCUGCUCCUUACACUCUCAGGAGCAUCCACAACUCCACUUACGACAAGAACGUGGACGAAAAUACCCACUCGACCGUGGUCCCCGACCACUUGAUGCCACCGCAGGUCGAGGAAUAUUGGGCCCCACACCCCAAAACCGGCGUAUUUGGGCCUUCAUCUGACGACAAGCAAAGUUUGGGCCUGGACUCGGGUGGGUACCCCAGUGCAGAGUCGGUGUUGGAACAAAAAGCUUUUUUCCGCCCGCUCGAGGAUUUGGAGAAGCCACAGGUUCAACCUUAA